AUGGAUUUAGGAUUCAAAGACCGUAACAACAGGACACCUACCAAGAACACCUCUGCUGCUACAAAGAAUUUUUCUGCCUGGGAGGAUUACAAGAGUAGUGUUGACGACAUACAGUACUUUCUUAUUGGGCUGUACACACUUAUAAGUCUGGCUGGCUUUAUGGGAAAUCUGCUUAUAUUAACGGCUCUCCUAAAGCGCAAGCAGAAGACAAUAAUAAACAUCCUUAUCGGCAACUUGGCCUUUUCUGACAUCUUGGUAGUGCUGUUUUGUUCACCUUUCACAUUGACAUCUGUUCUGCUUGACCAAUGGAUGUUUGGCACUAUCAUGUGCCACGUAAUGCCCUUCCUCCAGUGCGCAUCCGUUCUAGUUUCAACUUUAAUGUUAAUAUCUAUUGCUGCAGUCAGGUACCGUAUGAUAAAAUAUCCCCUUUCUAGCAAUUUAACAGCAAAACAAGGCUAUUUCUUAAUAGUGACCAUCUGGGCCCUUGGCUUUGCCAUUUGCUCCCCACUCCCAGUUUUCCACCAAAUUGUGGACCUCAGCAAAACACUGAAUUUAGAGGCACUGGAGAACAGGCUCUUAUGUAUUGAGUCUUGGCCUUCUGAUUCCUACAGAAUUGCCUUUACAAUAGCCUUAUUGUUCAUGCAGUAUAUAUUGCCGCUGGUGUGUUUAACCGCUAGUCACACCAGUGUCUGCAGGAGCAUAGGUUCCAGACUGUCCAGCAAAGAAAACAAGUUUGAAGAAAAGGAGAUGAUAAACCUAACACUUCAUCCAUCUAAGAGUACUGCCACGCAGGUGCAGCCCUCCAGCCAUUCCAGAUGGAGCUGUGCCUUUGGUAGAAAGCACCACAGAAGAUACAGUAAAAAGACUUCAAGUGUGAUGCCAGCUAUUUCAAGGCAUCAUCAGGAUACUCAUUCCAGAAACCUCCCAGAAACCUCUGGCACGGAAAAAAGCCAGUUCUCUUCCUCCAGUAAAUUCAUCCCUGGGAUACCUGUCUGUUUUGAGAUGAAACCGGAAGAAAACGCAGAGAUCCAGGACAUGAUUACAGUAUCGCAAUCCAUCAUCAGAAUUAAGACAAGAUCUAGGAGAGUUUUUUGCAGACUGACGGUGCUAAUCCUAGUUUUUGGGUUCAGUUGGAUGCCUCUUCACCUUUUCCAUAUUGUGACGGAUUUUAAUGCCACUCUUAUUUCUAACAGGCAUUUUAAAUUAGUAUAUUGCAUAUGCCAUUUACUGGGUAUGAUGUCCUGCUGCUUGAAUCCCAUCCUCUACGGGUUCCUUAACAACAGCAUAAAAGCUGAUUUAAUAUCCCUUAUUCCGUGCUGCCAAAUACCAUGAUUUUAUGUGCCCCAAGAUAAAAUAAAACAAACAGGUUUGGCUUUCAGGCAUACUGAUGUGUGUAGCUGUAAAAGCUAAAUUAG